AUGGCGAAGAUGCGGGUAUCGUACGAGUACUCCGAGGCCGAGGACAAGAGCAUCCGGCUGGGGUUGUUCCUGAUCGCCUGCGGGAUCCUCAGCCUCUUCAUCCUGGGCUUCUGCUGGCUCAGCCCGACCCUGCAGAGCCUCCAGAGCAAGCCGGCCAACUGCACGGUGGUGUCGGUGUUGCGUCCUGAGGAGAUGUUCGAGUGUGUGUUUACCUGCGGGACGGACUGUAAGGGGACGUCCUUGUAUCCCUGCCUGCAGAUCUUCGUCAACAACUCGGAGUCCAACUCUGUGGCUCUGCUGCACUUUGAUGAGCAGCAGCUCGUCCUCAACCCAAAGUGUUCGUUCGUCCCUCCGUGUGAGAGGGACAACCAGAAGAACAAAGACAGCGUUUUGUGGUGGGAAGAUUAUUUCACCAAAGAGGUCAGCAGCCAGUCCUUCACCUGCUUCUUCAACCAGCAGAGGAGGCCAGACGACGUGUUGUGGCGCCGUUCCCAUGACACCAGCGUCCUGCUACACUGCGUCCUCUGGCCAAUGGUGUCGCUCCUGCUGGGCACACUCAUCGUACUCCUGACGGUGUGUGCGCGCUCGCUGGCCGUUCGAGCCGAGGCUCUCCAGAAGAGGAAAUGCUCCUACGAAGUGUGCCAAGACCUGUCGGGCGCUUCAGAUCGCCGCGGCAACAAGCCCGAAGACCCCCUCUCGACGAACUCUGACCCCGAGUUGUCAUCGCCCACAAGGACCCUACCGCUGUUUGCGGUGCCGGUGCGACGGCGCGAUCGAGAACACUAA